CAGCUGCUGUGUGACAGCUAUUGUUCAAUCCGUCACAUCUAAUGGCAUUUGAUAGCGAAAAGAUUGCUUAAAUUCAUACAAUUCGAGUAACAUGUGAUAUUUAUCAUGCAAGCUCCUUUGUGAGCAGUGACUAUAGGACUACCUUUUUAUGUAAAUGAUUCUCUGAGAAAGGAUCAUACAAUGUUUUCUGCUAUUAAAAGGCUAGCUGGUAAGUCCGAAGGUAUUGGCAAUGUAUCUCCUAGGCCAGCCCAUCAGUCUAUGCCAACAAAUUUACAGAGAAAGUUUUCCAAGGGUGUACAAUAUAACAUGAAAAUAAUAAUAAAGGGAGACAGAAAUGUAGGAAAGACAUGUUUAUUCUAUAGACUGCAGGGACAAAAGUUUAUCGAGGAAUAUAUACCUACAGAAGAAAUACAAGUGGCUAGUAUACAAUGGAAUUAUAAAGCUACUGAUGAUGUGGUCAAGGUUGAGGUAUGGGAUGUCGUAGAUCGUGGUAGACGUCGUAGACGGUUUGAGGGCCUGAAGAUGGACAAUGUCCCAUCUGCAGAAACUAAUGUUAUUGAGGAGCCUGCGUUAGAUGCAGAGUUUCUGGAUGUUUAUAAGGGUACUAAUGGUGUCAUCAUUGUUAUGGAUAUCACUAAAAGCUGGACAUUUGACUAUGUUCAAAGAGAACUGCCGAAAAUACCUAGCCACAUACCUGUUAUCGUUCUUGGUAAUCAUUGUGACAUGUCACAUCAUAGAACUGUCACUGCAGACCAUGUAACAUAUUUUAUAGAUUCAUUGCACGAAAGAACUGCACAGGUGAGAUAUGCGGAGUCGUCCAUGCGAAACGGUUUCGGUCUCAAGUUGCUGCACAAAUUUUUUAAUCUACCAUUCCUGCAGCUGCAGCGUGAGACACUGUUGAAACAACUCGAUACCAACGAGGAGGAAACGCGGUUAACUAUCCAAGAGCUUGAUCUCUUUCAGGAUAGUGAUGACGCAGAUUAUAACAAAUUUCUGGAUAAUCUUGUGAACCGACGGAGGGCUCUUGCAGAUUCGGUAUCUGCUAGUAAUCUAGUUUCGAACAUUGUUUCGUCAUCUAUGAGCAGUCAUCAUCUUACACCAUUAACAGCAACUAGCACAAAUAUAGCCGGAGAAGUUAGAAGGUCGGCUUCAAUGCCAGGUCCGAUCGGUGGUGGGAAUCCUAUACCUGUGAAAAGUUUAGAGCUCAAGUUGAACUUACCGAGAAAAGAAAGCUCUACAACGGGUGCGUUGGAUAAUUCAUCUAGUUCUGCGAAGUCUGCGCAUAUCACAAUAUCGUCUUCCGCUGCACAAAAUAUUGCUUCGAAAAUGGGGACAGCUAAAUCAACCGAGUCUGUGAAUGACAAUAGCGAAAGAAGAGACUCGAUUAAUCGCCCGCAAUCGCUUAUGUCAAAGAUUUUUGGUCACAAAAAAGAGGACGAGACAGACAGAUUGUCGCAUAUCAAGAAUCUCAGCUUGAGUGCGCCAUUAACCAGCGUCGAGGACUUUGUACCGGAUGACGGAUUGUUGGACAGGUCGUUUUUAGAAGAUAACAGUCAAAUUUCGCCACAAAAAAUACAGCAAGUGCAACAAGAGGAAGCAGACUCAGAGAGUGACAUGGAAACUGCGAAUCCUUUAGUAGCUGGUUAUGAGGAUGAUUUAUCGUCCAUUGAAGAGGUAGCAUCACCUGUCCAACCAAAACUAGCGGAAAAUCCACUAUUUAAACAAAAACAUAAAUUGGAAACACUAUCAGGUCCAGAAAAAAGUAUCGAGAAACCACGACCAAGCAGCAAACGUGAUUCAGUCUCUUCCAUAGAGCAAGAAUUGCAUAUUUCUAAUAAUUAUGAAUCAAACGAGCAACCGGAAACAAAUUCCGAUGCUUUUGAUAGUUGGUUACGACGUGAUUCUAAAUGGCGACAGAGUCCUGAGGGAGGAGAAGACGUGAGUAGUACCAGCACGAGAAAAGACAGAUUGGAACUCAGCGACAAAAGUCUGGAUGUCAGUGUGACAAGUUCUAACGUUCAUCUGGAAUUACUUGAUGAUACUAGCAUGCGUCGCGUAAGCUCGAACGGUAGCAGUCCAGUGAUGAAGGAAAGGAAAAAACACAGAGAUAAAGGGGAUGAGAAAGAAAAAAGAAAAAAGAAAAAAUCAAAGGAUAAGGAGAAAGACAAGGAAAAAUCAGAGAAGACGGAAAAGAAGAAGAAACGCUCGAUACAUCGUUUGAGGGACGAAAACAAGGUACGAGAUGAACUUGAAGAAUUUUUGAACGGUUCUGUCACGAGAAUCGGUGUCGAUGUCGCCUACGAAGCGAUAUAGCAUUCCAGAAGAAUCAUCAAACUCGCCAAUAUAUUUUAACAUGUUGACUGUGUCGGGUUAUGUAAGUUAGUGUAUGAGUUUUGCAUUGCUCCGUAUCAGUAUCAGGUUGGGUGAAUUGGCAUUCGACCUUUGCUUGUCAGCCAUGACUAUAGGAUGAUCAAUUAAUUAAAAUAAACUGAAAAUUAGGCAAGUCAGAGCUAACGCCGGUGAAAAAGCGCAAAUAAUAAUACUAUUAACAAUAAUAAUAACGCCGAUGGAUAGGCAUAAUUAUAAAGUAUUUAUUAAAAUUAUUAUAAACGUUUCGGUUUCAUAUUUGGACUUUUCUCAGUGUAAGUAACUACAAUAAUAUAAAUAAAUAAGAAAACUGUCGCAAGUAAAAAGGUUGCAAAGAAAAAAAAACAAUGGAAAUCACUAGAUUUAGAUGCAAAGACUCAAACAUAUAAGUAUGAAAAUUGCCUAUAAAUAACAUUUGUAAUAAUUUCAAUAAAUACUUUGUAAUUGUGUCUGUCUAUCAGCGUUAUUAUUAUUGUUAAUAGUAUUGUUAUUAUUUGCGCUUUUUCACUGGCGUUAGCUCUGACUUGCCUAAUUUUCAGUUUAUUUUGAUUUGUUAUCUUCGAGAGCUGUAUUUGUAUUUAAUAAUCAAUCAAUUUUACUCAACAGGCAACAUAUUAAAAAUCAUGCAUCUUCCGAAACUUACAAAACACUUCCCUUGAUGUUAAUAUAUAUUACGUUCUUUGUGGAAGGAAGUUCUCAUUGGUGAAAGAGAAUUUUACGAGGACAUAAACAUAAAGAUGUGUUGCAGAUCACGCUUAGUAUGUACAAAAAAAGAAAAUAUUCAUUCACUGUAGACGCGUAAACGUGUGACCUGUUAAAUCCCCUCUUGAAAACGCAUUAAUGGGUCCUGUUUCAGUCUGCCAUAAUAAAGCUUAACAAGAUUUUACAGGAGAUAAUAAGUUUUAACAAUCAAAAUAUACUCUUAUUGCAUUCCUGAUCUAUUGAAUUUUUGACGAUUUUUAAUGUAAAACUUGCGGAAAAGUUUACUAUAUGAAUU